ACAAGAUUUUAGUACGGUUUGGGCUUUUGCCGGACAAGGGUCGAGCCUGUCUUGUCUCCGCGGAAAACACCGUCUGCGAGGUUCAGAGUCUACGCGCCCGGCGUUACGUAAGGGCCAAGGCAGACGAUAAGAGGAGUCUUUUGCCAAAGUCAAGUCGGAUAAGCCGCCUGAUGAAUGGAUGCCCAAUAUUCGGACUCCGGGAGCUAUUAAACGUUAAAAAACUGGAAAAGCGUAACCGAGAGUCUUAAACACGACUUCGACCUCCCGAGCGGUAGCCCGGAGAAGGCAGGGACUCAAGAAUUCGAGGACUAGGAAACCGUACUCAGGAAGAACUCUAAGGAGACGACGAGGAGGAGGGAAUUUCCGUGGAGUAAGGACCGAAAGAAACAGGCAACAUGUACUCCGUUCACAAGGCUGGGAAACCCUUGGCCAGGCACAGGGUCACUCUUCAGGUUUGGAAGGUGGCCACGAAGAACUUCGGCACCGACGUCCAGUACAAGCCCAUCAGGAAGGUCCUCGUGGCAAACAGAGGUGAGAUUGCCAUACGAGUGUUCAGAGCAUGCACGGAACUUGGGAUAAGGUCGGUGGCCAUCUACUCGGAGCAGGACAAGAUGCACAUGCACCGGCAGAAGGCGGACGAAGGAUAUUUGGUCGGUCGAGGACUGCCACCCGUCCAAGCUUACUUGAACAUCCCGGAAAUUAUUCAAAUUGCGAAGGAUAAUAACGUGGACGCCAUACAUCCCGGUUAUGGCUUUCUGUCAGAAAGGUCCGACUUCGCGCAAGCAGUCGUCGAUGCCGGGAUCAGGUUCAUCGGUCCCAGCCCCAAAGUGGUGCAACAAAUGGGUGACAAGGUAGCGGCGAGACAGGCCGCGAUAGGAGCAGGGGUUCCAAUAGUUCCUGGGACCGAUGGACCCGUGACGACCUCCGAAGAAGCGAUGGAGUUCUGCAACAAGCACGGACUUCCGGUGAUCUUCAAGGCUGCUUAUGGAGGCGGUGGUCGAGGCAUGAGAGUGGUCAAGAAGAUGGAGGAAGUCAAGGAGAUGUUCGAGCGAGCUUCCUCGGAGGCCCAGGCCGCCUUCGGGAACGGCGCGAUGUUCAUCGAGAAGUUCAUCGAGAGACCUCGACACAUCGAGGUCCAGUUGCUCGGGGACAAUGCCGGGAACGUCGUUCAUCUGUACGAGCGUGAUUGCUCCGUUCAGCGUCGACAUCAGAAGGUCGUCGAGAUCGCUCCUGCUCCCAUAUUGGAUCCCAAGGUUAGAGACAGGAUGACCGAUUUCGCGGUGAAAUUGGCCAAGUACGUAGGCUACUCGAACGCCGGCACCGUGGAGUUCUUGGCUGACGACACUGGCAAUUUCUACUUCAUCGAGGUCAACGCUCGACUCCAGGUCGAGCACACCGUCACCGAGGAGAUCACGGGCAUCGACCUCGUGCAGUCGCAAAUCCACAUUGCCGAGGGCAUGACUCUUCCCGAGCUCAACAUGACCCAGGAGAAGAUCAAGCCUCAGGGCUUUGCGAUACAGUGCCGCGUCACCACGGAGGAUCCUGCGAAGAGCUUCCAGCCGGAUACGGGAAGGAUCGAAGUCUUCAGGUCCGGUGAAGGGAUGGGUAUCAGGUUGGACAGUGCUUCAGCUUUCGCGGGAGCCAUUAUCUCGCCUUACUACGACUCCCUCCUCGUCAAGGUAAUCGCUCAUGCAGCGGACCUCCAGGCGUGCUGCGCAAAGAUGAACCGAGCCCUCCGAGAGUUCAGAGUGCGAGGAGUCAAGACCAACAUACCGUUCUUGCUGAACGUCCUGGAGAACCAGAAGUUCCUCAACGGGAAGGUGGAUACCUACUUCAUAGACGAGAACCCGCAGCUCUUCCGAUUUUUACCCAGCCAGAAUCGCGCUCAAAAGCUGCUGAAUUACAUAGGAACCGUUCUGGUCAACGGUCCCAGCACGCCCUUGGCCACGUCGCUGAAACCAGCAAAAAUUAAGCCAUACGUUCCUCAAAUCGCAAAAGACUUUGCUAGGCUUGCAGCUGCCGAUGGCCUCGACGACCAGGACGUUCCAGGGGUGAACGAGCCACCAAAAGGCUUGCGCCAGAUUUUAACCGAGCAUGGACCGGAAGCGUUCGCCAAGGCCGUCCGAGAGAACAAAGGUUUGCUCCUGAUGGACACCACCUUCCGUGAUGCUCAUCAGUCACUUCUGGCAACCCGCGUGCGGUCUCACGACCUGUUGCUGAUCUCUCCCUUCGUCGCCCACAAAUUCAGCAACCUUUACGCCCUGGAGAACUGGGGCGGCGCGACAUUCGACGUGGCCCUGAGGUUCCUCCACGAAUGUCCCUGGGAACGCUUGGAGGACAUGCGCAAAGCCAUUCCCAACAUCCCCUUCCAGAUGCUCCUGAGAGGAGCCAACGCCGUGGGAUACACCAAUUACCCCGACAACGUCGUCUUCAAGUUCUGCGAGCUCGCCCAUGAAGCCGGCAUGGACAUCUUCAGGGUCUUCGACUCGCUCAACUAUCUGCCGAACUUGAUCCUUGGUAUGGAAGCAGCCGGCAAGUCGGGAGGUGUCGUCGAGGCUGCUAUUUCCUACACGGGAGAUGUCAGCGACCCUACUCGAACGAAGUACAACCUGAAGUACUACACCGACCUGGCCACCGAGCUCGUUAAGGCUGGCACUCAUGUCCUGUGCAUCAAGGACAUGGCCGGCCUCCUGAAGCCGAAGGCUGCCGCGCUGCUGAUCGAUGCCAUCAGGCAGAAACAUCCCGAUAUCCCUCUUCACAUCCACACCCAUGACACCGCUGGUGCCGGGGUUGCAGCCAUGCUGGCUUGUGGUGAAAAUGGAGCAGACGUUGUAGACGUUGCCGUCGACAGCAUGUCGGGGAUGACCAGUCAGCCGUCUAUGGGAGCCAUCGUGGCGUCUCUACAAGGCACGCCUUUGGACACCAAGCUGCAACUCAGCGACAUUUCUGAGUACUCCGCUUAUUGGGAACAGACCCGGACUCUCUACGCCCCGUUCGAGUGCACGACGACCAUGAAGGCAGGGAAUGCGGACGUUUACCUGAACGAGAUUCCUGGGGGUCAGUACACGAACCUGCAGUUCCAGGCAUAUUCUCUGGGUCUGGGAGAAUUCUUCGAGGACGUGAAAAAGGCCUACCGGGAGGCCAAUCUUCUGUUGGGAGACAUCAUCAAAGUUACCCCCAGCUCCAAGGUCGUCGGCGACUUGGCACAGUUCAUGGUGCAAAAUAACUUGAAGGCCGAGGACGUCAUGAACAAGGCGGAAGAGCUGUCUUUCCCCAAGUCGGUCAUUGAGUUCCUCCAGGGUGCCAUCGGGGAGCCGCACGGAGGAUUCCCCGAGCCUCUUAGGUCGAAGGUCCUCAAGGACAUGCCCCGCGUCCAGGGCAGACCUGGCGCAAACAUGGAGCCCCUUGAUUUCUGUGCCUUGAAGAAGCAUCUACAAGAGAGCCAUCCUCACAUCACGGACAAGGACAUCAUGUCGGCGGCUUUGUAUCCCCAGGUCACCGAGGAAUACCUCAAUUUCAGGGAAUCGUUCGGUCCGGUCGACAAACUGGAGACGAGGAUAUUCCUGACCGGGCCGAAGGUUGGAGAGGAGUUCGACGUUACCAUCGAGAAGGGCAAGACCCUUGGUAUCAAGACCCUGGCCAUGGCCGAAGACCUUACCCCGAACGGAGAGAGAGAAGUAUUCUUCGAAAUGAACGGCCAGUUGAGGUCCGUCUUCAUCAAGGACAAGGAGGCCGUUAAGGAACUUCACAUUCAUCCCAAGGCUGUCAAAGGAGACAAGAACCAGGUCGGAGCACCCAUGCCAGGAACCGUCAUCGACAUCAGGGUCAAGGUGGGCGAUACCGUGGAAAAGGGUGCAGCCUUGGUCGUCCUUUCUGCAAUGAAAAUGGAGAUGAUAGUGCAGGCCCCGAAGGCAGGGAAAAUUAAAACCCUCGACGUCAAUCAAGGGAUGAAGGUCGAGGGCGACGAUCUCUUGGCGACCCUGGAGUAAAGUGGGCUCCGGGCAAGGAAUCUCUCGAAUUAAGCUGGUCUUACCGAUCUGGAAUUGUCUGGAGGAAUCGUGAAGACGUUGCGUGGGAUUUAUUAAUCGCUGCGGUUCCUUGCAACGUCGGCACGUGUUAUGUCGAAUGGCGAUUCGAAUUUCCGACGUAAAAUGAGUGAAAUACUGUAAAUACCGUUAAUUUUACAUCAGGGUGCGCCGGUAGCGUUCGACUUAAAAUGCCGCACCUGAGAUAGGUUGUAAAAUAUGGAUGUUUCUUUUCGGGGGCUGAGUUGUGACGAUGGAGAUAUGUUCGGCUUCGUGUCAAAGACUUAACGAGACUUCUUCGUCCUGUGUUACCCGAAAAACUUGGGAUUUCGCGAGGAGUCGUACAGGCGCCAUUUUUGUUAAAUGGACUUCCGAUGGCAUAACUAUUUUAAUUAAAGUCCUAGUCUCAGGGCGAUACCAGAGAGAUGUUUCGGUACGUCGUUAAAUGCCCGUCUAAAUAGGUUUAUGGAUCCGUACCUUAAAAGCGGAUGUUUCCAUGCUCAGUGCUAAGCCCCUGCGGAUAAUCAAAUCGUAAUAAUUCUGUAUAGAGGAGAGCAUUCGGGAGAAUAUCUUGUAGUGCACUUCUGGGAUGUUAGUGUUCGAUUGAACGAGUAAUACGGAAUUUUAUUGUGAUAUCCUUGUUACGUUUUCAUACCUAGCGGUUUGCCUCACGUUUUAUGCUCGAGGUUCACCCACUUAAAUGAAAUUAUUUAAAAUAGGCAGAAGGUAAAGAAUAAUGUCCGAAAAGUGGCAAGUGAAGCGUGAGAUUCAGGCUUCCCGUGUAUCCAAAGAUUCCGCUGUUGGACCUUAACACAAAAUAUAUACAACGUGCAAUUAAUAUUAUGUAGGUACCUAAAAAAUGUCACAAAGAGACAUGCGCAUCCUAGAGUUCAUUUUGUGAAUAUUUUUCUGGAUACAUUCUACGUAUAUGUUUUAUUAGAAAAUAAAUAUUUUACUUUUUAA